CUGAUGUUGUCGGACUUCGGCAGCGAAAUGCGAAGAGGCGAUGGUGGUGAUUGGUUCCAUUUGCAGGUUCGAGCCACCAUCGCACUUUGCAGCCGAACUGCGGUCUUUGGUGUGAUGCUCUUCUUCUCUCCUCCACCAUGAAUUCUCUCCUAAUUGGCGUUUGCCCCGUUUUGCCCCAGACACGGUGCCAGAUACUGGAGUUUGGUGGCAGCAUGGGGGAGCCCGAUGCUCCACGUCUAUCCUGUUGUUCGGCCGAAGUGCCCGUGCUUUGUCGACAGGCCUCCUCGUGAUAUAGGGGGCCAAACUGCUCUUGAAGAUGGCGGCAGUGUCGUCUUCCGUCUUCACAAACUGCUCUCGAGUGCUUAGACUGACUUGAAGUUGCAAGAUGCGUCAGUUAGAGAGCCUGCCCAAGUCGUACCGCGAAGUCGAUGCCAAAUCGACGAGCGGUGCCGCAGUCUGCCUUCAAUCCACCGACCAGGACACGGAAGUUCAAUUUGCGUUUGAAGCCAUCAGGCCGAAUGUCUUCCGAACCACUUUCUUUUCUUCCACCCACCCUCUGCCGCCUUAUCCCUCAAUCCCGCAACCCGAAACGCGGCUGGGGCAGGUAAAGCCGGCAGUUCUUGGGUCGAAAGGCACAGAUCGCACCCUCGAUCUGGGAGAGAUUACAGCCUCCGUAAAAUGGGAGAACACGCCGGUGGUAAUGCUGAAAUGGACUGAUUCUGCGGAAGUCCUUCAUUCUGACCUUUCAUAUCGGUCAUACGUGUUGGACGGCGAGGGCAUUGCUCACUACUGUACCCACGACCGCAAUGCUCUGCACGUCGGUCUUGGGGAGAAGACAGCCCCAAUGGACCUGACCGCAAGACACUUCCAGAUCUCGGCAACCGAUUGCUUUGGCUACGAUGCGUACAACACGGAUCCACUGUACAAACACAUGCCGCUGCUGAUCAAAGCCACCCCGAAAGGCUGCGUAGCCAUUGUUUCCACUAGCCAUAGUCGGGGUUCGUGGGCAGUAGGCUCUGAGAUUGACGGUCUCUGGGGCCAUUUCAAGGUCUACAGACAAGACUAUGGCGGAUUGGAGGAGUACCUCAUCGUCGGACGCACCCUGAAAGAAGUGGUGCGAAGCUACGCAGAACUAGCUGGCUUUCCGCUGCUGGCUCCGCGAUGGGCGUUCGAAUACCUAUCCGGUGGGUACAAAUACACCAUGGGAGACGAUCCUCCAGCAUACAAGCAGUUGCUUGACUUUGCCGACAAGCUGAAGGAACAUGACAUUCCUUGCUCCGCUCAUCAGAUGUCGUCAGGCUAUUCCAUCGCCGAGACUGAACCAAAAGUCAGGAAUGUCUUUACCUGGAAUCGACAUCGGUUUCCUCAGCCGGAAGAAUGGAUUGAGAAAUAUCACUCACUGGGCAUCCGGCUUCUUACCAACAUCAAGCCGUUCCUUCUCGCCUCUCAUCCAGACUAUAAAUACCUGGAGGACAGCAAGGGGCUGUUCACCGAUCCCAAGACUCAGAGCACCGCCGAGAUGCGUCUCUGGAGUGCAGGUGGUGGUGAAAGUGGUACUGGCGCCCAUAUUGACUUCACGUCGGCGGAUGCCUAUCAAUGGUGGGCUCGUGGGGUGGAGAAAUUGAAGGAACAAGGCAUUGAUGCCAUGUGGAAUGACAAUAACGAAUACACUCUGCCCAACGAUAACUGGCAAAUAGCACUGGAUGCUGUUCCUGCAGCGAGGUGCAAGGGUGAGAACAAAAUCGGCCUCUGGGGGCGAGCCAUGCAGACCGAGUUGAUGGCGAAGGCAUCAUACGAAGGCCUCCUGCGCGUGGAGCCUGAUGUACGACCGUUCGUCUUGACGAGGAGCGCCAGUAUUGGAACUUUGCGGUGGGCUUGUAGCUCCUGGAGCGGUGACAACGUCACAAGUUGGGACAGCAUGAAAGCAGCCAACGCGCUGUCUCUCAAUGCCGGCGUCAGCUUGAUGCACUGCUAUGGACAUGACAUCGGAGGCUUCGAGGGUCCCCAGCCAUCCCCUGAGCUGCUCCUUCGUUGGAUCCAGCUCGGAUGUUACCAGACGCGUUUCGCAAUCAACUGCUUCAAAACCUCACCUCAGGACAACCAAUGUGGCGAGGUUAUCGAGCCUUGGAUGUACCCUGAAAUCACUCCCCUGGUCCGCAGCGCAAUCAAGAGGCGGUACGAAAUAAUGCCGUACAUCUACUCACUCGGUCUGGAAAGUCAUCUGACUGCAUCCCCACCCCAACGAUGGGUCGGCUGGGGAUACGAGUCUGAUCCCGAAGUCUGGACGAAGCGGCUCAAAGCUGGCGAAGAACAAUACUGGUUUGGCGACACCCUGUUGAUCGGCGGUGUGUAUCAGCCCGGUGUGGAUACGGCCCAAGUUUAUCUCCCCAGGGCUGAUCCUCAGAACGGGUUUGAUUAUGGCUACUUCAAUGUGAACAAGCCACAUCAGUAUUUCGCCGCAGGUCAAUGGGUCAACAUCGAGUCGAAGUGGAACGAGAGCAUUCCGAUCCUCGCCAAAAUCGGAGGCGCGAUCCCCGUAGGCAAAAAUGUCCAGACCCGAAUGCCAGGCGACAGAAAUCCCAAGUGCAAGUCAAUCCCCGAGGACGACUAUCGAGGUAUCGAAAUCUUCCCGCCGAAAGGCAGUUCUCAUGGACGGUCGUUUGAAACCACGUGGUAUGAAGAUGAUGGCCUUGCCCUUCGUCCUGACAUCUCGUCGUUCACGGUAUCCUACAGCGCCACGGAAGAAAAGGUGACUGUCGACUUGAUUCCGCGCCCUGACAAUGUCUAUGUCCCGGCUUGGAAGGAGGUUGUCUUCAUCCUGCCACCAGGGGAUAACCGAUACCUAGACUCGGCGAGAGGUGUCACUCUGGAACGACUGCCGGCCGAGAGCUGCGGAAGGGUGCGCUACAGGAUGCCGGUCAAACAUGUGGUUCGCCAGAAUGGUGCGUAAUGGACAUGAUGAUGAUGAGACCACUGCAUAAGAUAGGUGCAAAUGUAUCCUUGCAUUAGGUAGGUAGACAACUAUUACUACAAUAUGAAUUGUAGCCAGGUUCCUGGAAUUGUGUUGUCAAUGUACAUUAUAGUGAUCGAUUGCAUUCAAGUUGUCCCGUUGAAGUUGAGUUGGAUAUAAUUAAAAGAAUCUUGAAUGAUGUCAUGGAUUAUAAACAUAUUUCACGCGAUAUCGACUC